AUGCAAGUUAGUGAAAAGAAAACUUUUAAUUUAUUAAGGAGCUCUGUAACUCAUCUUGAAGAUUUUUGUAAUGAAAUCUUCUAUGAAAUCUUUGAAUUUCUUGAUUUUUACCAUAUAUAUGAAGCCUUUUCAAAACUCAAUUCAAGAUUUACAAAUCUUGUUAAUGGUUCAAAUAUCUCUAUUCGAUUUAAUCUAUCUAAAACAUCGAAAUCGGCUUUUCAGCAUCAUUAUGAACAUAUGAUAAUUCGUAAUGAAUAUCGAAUUAAAUUAUUAUACAUAUCAAAUCCAUUGAUUAUUGACUACGUAUUUUCAUCUUCUAUUCUAUCGAAAUUAAUUCAUCUUGAAAAUCUUAAUCUUCAUAAUAUUCAUUCGAAAUAUAUUGAAGAACUUCUUAUGUAUUUAAUCUGUAUGCCUAAUCUAUCUUCAUUGACUAUCAAUUGUCCAAAUAAUUUGACAAAUAAAAAUUUUAUUUUUCAACAAAUAUUUCUUUUACCUGUAUUAAAAUAUUGCAAACUAUCAUUCGAAGAAACUGAUAAAUCGGAUUCAUUAUCUGUAGCAACUACUAAACAUAGUUCCAUCGAACAACUUACUAUUAUUGGUAAAGUAAAUGUGAACGAAUUCAUUACUAUUCUAUCAUAUAUUCCUCAAAUUCGACGUCUGUCAGUUAGUAAUAUAUAUGAAUCUUCGAAAUAUCAAACAAAGAAAUUUAAUCCAAUUGUAUUAAAUCAUUUGACACAUGUUUAUUUAAAUAUGAAAGAUGUUAAUUUUGAUAAUUUUGAAUCGAUUAUUAAAAACAUGUCUCAUCAAAUUCAAGUGUUAUAUAUUUCGACAAAGAAUGACGAAUUAUUUACGACUGCUAAUCAUUGGCAAGAAUUAAUCGUAUAG